AUGGCUGUUGUUAGCGCACCUACCACCUCGCAGUACAAUUUCCAGUAUAUUACUGAUGAGGAAUCCAGACUCGUACCACUGAAAGAAGUAAAAGAAAAGAUCGAAGCUGGCGAGAAGAUUCGCGUAAAGGUGAAGAUAAAGAAAGGAAGCAAAGUGGAGUCCGUUGGAAACAGAGGUCUUCGAAUGCUCAAAAGCACGAUUACUGAUGGCACAAGCACUAUAUUUCUGACUAUUUGGGAGAGCGAGAUUGAUGCCAUACAAGAUAGCAAAGUGUACAUUAUUGAUGAUGUUAAAGUCAACUUCAGCUACGUGACCAAGACACUCACCACAACUAAAAAUUCAGUGUUUACUCUUGUUGAUGAUGAUGAUGACAUGGAAGAGGUAGAAGAAUCUGUAGCGCUGCAGAUGUUAGAAGAGCCAAGCGAAACCACAUUAUUUGUGCAUCUAUCAGGUCGGUAGAAGUCAAUAAGUAUCAUACUUGUAAUCAUUGUAACAAAAAGCUUUCCCAAGGCUUGCGCACUAAAAUUGUGAAAUGCAUGCGAUGUUCGCAUAGAAUGCGGUUGGCAGAUUGUAUAACAUCGAUGUUUCUUGUCAGCUCACUGUUCAAGAAGAUGACAGUGAAAUUCAACUCACAAUUUUUAGCGAUGUCCUGGGAAAGUUAGUUGAUAAGCCGAAUGUGAAUGAGUUGACAGAAGAAGAUAUAAGUGAGAAGUUAUUGGAGUAG